CCGGCGGCCCCCGCGUGGGAACUACAGCUCCCAGCGGCUCACGCGGCUCCGGAAGGCCCCGAGCCCCUUCCCGUUACUUUGAAGUGGCUCUGUGCGGGCACAGUGCGUUCUGGGCUCUCCUGGGGCUCUCCCCGCGCUACCCCAGGUCCCGCAGUGCCAUCAUGAUCCUGCGGCAGAUCUUGCGGCUUUCCUCCCUUUUCCACUCCGCUGUGUCUGUUCACCUGCGCAGGAACAUUGGGCUCUCUGCGAUUGUCUUCAACAAGACAAAAGAGCUCGACCCGGUUCAGAAGCUCUUCUUGGACAAGAUCAGAGAGUAUAACACAAAGAGCAAGCAAGCUGGAGGGCCUGUUGAUGCAGGACCCGACUUUCAAAAAGACAUGAAUGAAUCCCUUGCAAGACUCCAACGGGCGUAUGGUGAGGGAGAUCUCACCAAGUUUCCAGAAUUCAAAUUUGAGGAGCCCAAGUUUGAGGAGACUCCAAAGUGAUCUCUGCAGCUUGUACACCGAACAGCAGUGUACAGCCAUGGAGUUGCUGAAUAUGGCAUCAGUUGUAAUUUAAUAAAUGUAGUGCUUCAGUUUGA